ACUAUAAUCUGCGAGUAAUUUAUUUAUAUUUAAUGCUCCGUCUAUAUUUGGGAGGAGGAGACGAAGAACAGUGGCGGUAGCAGCAGCAAAGACAGGCGGCUGCAGCGGUAGGAAUGCGAUAUAUUUGUGUUUAGAGGAAGGAAGGAGUCACGCACAUGGUCUCUCUCUCCCUCCCUCUCUCUCUUCUAAGUCUGAGACAAAACUUGCUUCUCACCCUCUCACAUCAUCACUGCACUAAAAUCCAGUAAUCCACUUGGAUCUCACACUCCUUAUUAAUUGCUGCUCUCUCACCACUAGGGUUUAUCGUCCUCCACUCUUCACCCAUAGCAGAUCUUCCUUACUUGAGUUGAAACUGAAUAUUGCACCUCCAAUCUGCCUUCAUUCUUCAGCAGAUUUUUCCUUCAUCUUUGGGGAGCAGGAGACCAUUGCUACCCAGACAUGAUGAUCAACAAACAACUUCUUUUGACUUAUCUAUAUCUCCUUAUUUAUAUUCUGCUUUCGUCUGGGGUUAUUUUGUACAACAAGUGGGUGCUCUCACCAAAAUAUUUCAAUUUCCCAUUUCCUAUUACGCUCACCAUGAUUCACAUGGGCUUUUCAGGCUUAGUAGCAUUCUUUCUUAUCCGUGUUCUCAAGGUUGUGUCUCCUGUCAAGAUGACAUUUGAAAUAUAUGCAACAUGUGUGAUCCCUAUUAGUGCUUUCUUUGCAGCUAGUCUUUGGUUUGGCAACACUGCUUACUUGUUCAUAUCUGUAGCGUUCAUCCAGAUGCUCAAGGCUCUAAUGCCAGUUGCCACAUUUUUCAUGGCGGUAAUUUGUGGAACUGACAAGCUAAGAUGUGAUGUAUUGGUGAACAUGGUAUUAGUCAGCAUUGGCGUUGUCAUAUCGUCCUAUGGGGAAAUUCACUUCAACGUUGUGGGCACAGUUUACCAGGUCACUGGGAUAUUUGCUGAAGCUCUUAGGCUGGUCUUAACUCAAGUUCUUCUCCAGAAGAAGGGCUUAACUCUGAAUCCUAUCACUAGCUUAUAUUACAUUGCACCAUGCAGCUUUGUGUUCCUUUUUGUUCCAUGGUAUCUUCUGGAGAAGCCCGGAAUGGAAGUCUCACAGAUCCAGUUCAACUUUUGGAUUUUCUUCUCAAAUGCGCUCUGUGCUUUAGCUUUGAAUUUCUCAAUAUUCUUGGUGAUUGGUAGAACUGGUGCUGUGACGAUCCGAGUUGCUGGUGUCUUAAAAGACUGGAUUCUUAUUGCCCUAUCAACUAUUGUUUUCCCCGAGUCAAUGAUUACCAAGCUUAAUAUUAUAGGUUAUGGCAUAGCAUUGUGUGGUGUUGUAAUGUAUAACUAUCUAAAGGUAAAGGAGUCUCGAGCAUCCCAACUUCCUAUGGCAAGUAUUAUGGACCGAACUGCUAAGGACCUUAAGAUGGAGAAGAAGUCAUCUGAUCUGUAUGUACCAGAUGAUGUCGUAAACAGCAGUGGAACAAGGAACGGUUCUCAAGAUUCCAUCACUGAUGAAGAAGCACCACUGAUUCCUUCAAAUAGAAUAUCUCAUCUUGGGCGAAGCCAACUUGGCAGCCACUCUGCAUGACCACUGCUGUUCCUUUAGUGGGGCAGGUUUAUUUUGUUUGGUAGAAAUAGUUGAAGCAGAUUGAGGACAGCCGACUCUCUGUAGUCUGUACACCCCACCCCCCUC